GUGCGAGGCCGCCACAGGAGCUCUAGCCCGUCGCGUUGUUUGAAGAGUUGCAGGUUGGCGCUGGCAGUGGGGAUCGGAGGCUUGGGCGCUGGCUGGGCCCAACGGAGAUCCGGGUUUGCCUCCUGUUCCUGCCCCGGACCUCGACGUGGGUGAGACGGCCCCGGGAGCAUGAGCGGGCAGCGCGUGGACGUGAAGGUGGUUAUGCUGGGCAAGGAGUACGUGGGCAAGACGAGCCUGGUGGAGCGAUACGUGCACGACCGCUUCCUAGUGGGGCCCUAUCAGAAUACCAUAGGGGCAGCUUUCGUGGCCAAGGUGAUGUCCGUUGGAGACCGGACAGUGACUUUGGGUAUUUGGGACACAGCCGGCUCAGAGCGCUAUGAAGCCAUGAGCAGAAUCUACUAUCGGGGUGCCAAGGCUGCAAUCGUGUGCUAUGACCUCACAGACAGCAGCAGCUUUGAGAGAGCAAAGUUCUGGGUGAAAGAACUACAAAGUCUAGAAGAGGGCUGCCAGAUCUACCUGUGUGGUACCAAGUGUGACCUGCUAGAGGAAGACCGGCGACGUCGGCGAGUGGACUUCCAUGAUGUCCAGGACUAUGCAGACAAUAUCAAAGCUCAGCUCUUUGAGACAUCUAGCAAGACUGGCCAGAGUGUGGACGAGCUUUUCCAGAAAGUGGCAGAGGAUUACGUCAGUGUGGCUGCUUUCCAGGUGAUGACAGAGGACAAGGGUGUGGAUCUAGGCCAGAAGGCAAACCCCUACUUCUACAGCUGUUGUCAUCACUGAGUCAUCGCCCAUUUGGGCUGGGGAAAACUAAACUCCGGAGAGACUGGACCCAGCUCUUGUCUGGGCUUGGGUGGUCAGAUGUCUGAGCUGCCCUAGGUCUCCAUGGCAUCAGAGGUGGUACCUGCCUGUGCUGGCCCAUGGAACGGAGGCAGUAAUGGGCUGAAAGAAAUGAGGAGGGCUGAUUUGAACCCCAGGUUUCUGCCCGGGACACCCUGUGCAUCUUCAGGUUAUUUAAGUGGCUUGUGAUUUGUAAAUAAAAUCAGUGCACUGUGAA